AUGCGUACGCCACUGGGCGUCACCUGAUGCUCGCUCUGCGGCGCAUGCGUGAAAAAUCCCUCCGUUGGCGUCACUGCGACGCUUUUCGUGGCGUAUUUUGCGGCAUUUGCGGCCAACGUCGGUAUGAGGUGAGGUUCGCUCGCGUUCCCGAAUGUGGCAUGUAUAGUGAUGAACUAGUAGCAGUUCUCGCGCUUCGAAUAGUCUGAACAACUUCUCACAUUGUAACCCGCAUCCUUUUAUUCGCAAUUCGUAUCGCCGCGCCGUCGACAUGUCGGCAUUUGCCGCGGAUAAUAAAACGGAGUACGAGGAAAAGGAGCAGCACACGAGCGAGACAGAAACGUCCUCUGCCACUUCAGCGAAGUCGGAGAUAAAUAAGGAUUCAAAUGUAGAGAGCCCUCAAAGUAGGAAACACAAGCGGUCGCCAGAUCGCGAACGACCGUCCAAAAUAGCAAAGCACGAUGCUGAAGAAGAUGCCUCAUCUGCUAGUACAAACGUUCCCUCAGAUUUAACGACAUCCGGAAGUAACGAAAAAAAUAAAGACACAACUGAUGCAAACAGGAGUCUUGACAAUACAGUUUUGGUAGCUGACCAUUACAAUGCGCUCGAGGAAAAGGGCCUCUCGCAGAGAAAUCAAAGUCGCAUUGUAUAUAUGAGGAAUUUUAACAAUUGGAUUAAAAGCAUGCUUAUAAAUGAAUACGUAGUCAAAGUAAGACAAGGCAAAAGUUUCGGCACUUCGCUUAAAGUUCUGGACAUGUGCUGUGGUAAGGGCGGAGACCUUCUCAAGUGGAAAAAGGCAAAUAUUUCACAUUUGAUCUGCGCAGAUAUAGCGCAAGUAUCGCUUGAACAGUGUCAACAACGAUACAAUGACAUGGUGAAUAAGAAAGGUUCCAAGGACAGAGGUUUUGCUCCCAUUUUCAGCGCGGAGUUUAUAACAGCUGAUUGUACAAAGGUUCGUUUGAGGGAGAAGUUCACGGAUCCCAGCAUACAGCUGGACUUCGUUAGCUGCCAGUUCGCUUUCCACUACAGCUUUGAAUCUCUAUCACAGGCGGAAUGCAUGAUUCGGAAUGCAAGUGAGAGUCUCAAGCCCGGUGGCUACUUCAUCGGAACCAUUCCAGACGCUUACGAUUUAAUUUCUAGGUGGCAAAAUUGCGACGGUCAUAAGUUCGGCAACGACGUAUACAACGUUGAAUUUUUAAGCGAGGACAAAACUAAACCGCCGUUCUUCGGCGCAAAGUACAAUUUUCAUCUGGACGGUGUGGUCGAUUGCCCGGAAUUCCUGGUGCAUCUGCCCACUUUGUGCAAGUUGGCUCUGAAAUACGGUCUCGAAUUAGUGGCGUUUGAAAGGUUCGAAGAUUUCUAUGAGCGUUUCAAAAACGAAGGUAGAUCUCUUUUAGGAAAUAUGCAGGCACUAGAAACUUAUCCGCCAUAUCAUGAAGCGCCUCUACUUGGGGAUCCAGAGCGAGACUAUCAUCAUGCUGUUGAAUAUAUGCAGAAUCUGCCGGCGAAUCAUCGUAAAAUUGGCACUCUUUCGCAAUCGGAAUGGGAAGUCACUUCAUUGUAUGCAGUAUUUUCAUUUCGAAAAAUGAAGACGAUUUGGAACAGCGAAGGAAAGCCAGAGUAUAUCAAGUUAUAAAGUUUCGUAAGAUAAAGAAAAACAUGAAAACUGAAGCAAGGAACGAUUUACUGAUGCUGCUGAUUUUAUAUUGUACAAACAAUUUUAUUUGUUACUGUAAUGUAACUUAUGGUAGGACGAUAUCAACCGUGUGAUAUCAGUAGAGCUGUAGCUGCGUUUAUAGAGCUGACAAUCAUGUAAAAAGUGCUAAAAAGGCUUAACCCUUUAAUGCUACUCUUGGUAUGGCGUAUCAGACUUUUUUUUCAAAAAAUGAUCUUUUAAAACAUUUAUUUAUUUUAUUACUUAUAACUUUUUUUUUACUAAUCAAGAUAUACCUGUUUGAUACCGUUGUAUUUCUUAAUGCUUGACAUUUCGAUUGAAAAAAAUUUAUUAUGUUUAUAAUUUUAUAAAAGUUUAAGCAAUCAAAGUUGGAUUGAAUGUUGCACCAAUGACAAUGUAUAAUACAAAACGUAUAACAUUGAACACAGGUAUAACAUAAAAUGUAUAACAUAUAAAAAAUAAUACAAACGUAUAACAUUGAAGGGUUAAUCAUUAGAAAACAAUUUUCUUUUUCAUUGUUACUGAAAUUCUAUUCUUUCAAGUCGUAAGAAAUUUUUCAGUAUAACACGAAUGAUUUAGAUGUCAGGAAAUAUAAGAUCCUGAAUACAGUAAUGUUAAUUUCCUAAUUGAGUGGAUUAUAGAUAAUCAGCUCGCAACACGGAAAAUGAAUCAUGUAUUUCAAAUUAAGAAUU